AUGCAGCAGGGCAGUCGGACCCGACCCGAACACCGCGCCGCGCCCUUGAUCGGCCAACCCAUCCUUUUCGCCACAGGCCCCUUUGCUGGACGCUAUAUCCGCGCACAGCUCGUGGAGCUGCAGAAGCCCGAUCUAGGCAGGAAGUGCGGAAUCAGGGACAGGCGGCCUGUAGAUCCCCCGCCCGUCGUCCGCCUCCGGCUCUUCCAGGUCCACGACGCACACACUUCCGCUCAGUGGGAAGAGGAGCUUGUCAACCUGUCCGAGGUCGAGAACUAUGGAUUCAUAUGCCAUGUCGAUCUGUUCCCUAUGCCCAUGGCUUCCGCCGGCGACUCGCCCCGCACGCGGCGACUCAGUAACCAGUCCUACGAACGGCUUGCUAUCCCUGAACACGCCGGCAGUUCGCCCUUUACCUCUUUGCCGCUCACAACAAGCCCUAGUGGAUCGAUUCCCUUCGUACAAGCUGAGAGGAUGUAUGCAACCAAUCAGCAGCGGGAAGUUUACCGUGGCGACUCUGGGAUGAGUUCUUCAGCCUCCAUGAGUAACUCAUCUCUCCAGGAUGGACCACCUGACACAGUGGCCACGUACAUGAAUGGUCUUCCCGUGCCAGAGAGCAGGCGGUGCACGCACUUUGUUGUGGGAACAACCUUCUCGGCGUCGUCGUGCAUCGAGUACCAGCGAGUCAUGCAGCUGUUGUUCAUCUUCCCAGAUCUCGCCGUCAAGGAGGAUGGGGACUAUUUCCUUCGCUACAGGGCAUUCAACACCCUGUACAACGUCGCGGGGAGUACUCCCAUUCAAAUCCUCGCCGAAUGUGUCGGCGGGCCGUUCAGGGUGUACAGCACGAAGGACUUCCCCGGUCUGCGCGCAUCGACCGAGCUCACGAAGCAUAUCGCUAAUUUCGGCUUGCGCAUCAACUCACGCGAGCACGAGCGCAAACGGCGCAAGAGCUCGCACGCCGCGGAGCGGUCGAGUAUCCAGAGACGAGAGUUGCGUCCUGCGCAUGCUGGCCCGUCAUCCUAUACAACGGAUACCGCGCCGCACACGGGUGUCUACGGUAGUAGGCGGGGGAGGGGAAGCACCUUCUAG